AUGCGCGAUGCCACAGCUAGUCCACUGCCUCAAAGCCGCAAUAAAACUCGUGGUGUCAACAACAGGGGUACCCACCAGCACGUGCUGAAAAACUACAUACGACCGCACCCGGGAACCCCUCCGCAAACAAGCACCCGCACCUCCCAACCCGGUCAAAGCGACACAGAGAAAAACCUCGUGCCUGGCCAAGACAGCGUCCGCCCCCGCAUGGCCCCCUGGAGCCCCGCUGAGUCGCGUGAGGCCAGUGAUGGACUAGUUGUUUUCAAAGCGCUCCGGCACAACGACCUGAUGGAGCGACACGUUCAUUUUUAA